CUGAGUUGAGAUUUUGAAUUCAAAGAAAACAAGAAUGGGAAACUUAAUCUUAUAUUUCUUUUGGCUGUCUUCGUUGCCUCUUCUGGUGUACGGAGUUGCAAGAGUUUUCUACUCCAUUUGGUGGAAACCCAAAUGGCUGGAGUGGCAGAUAAAGCAGCAGGGAGUUGCAGGCAAUUGCUACAAGCUUCUGGUUGGGGACAUGAAAGAGUUAAUAAAGCUGAUAAGUGAAGCAUGGUCCAAACCUAUUCAUCUAAACCACAAGAUUGUUCAGAGAGUCGAUCCAUUCACUCUAAAAAAUGUUCAAAAAUAUGGGAAUAUAUCGCUUUGUUGGAAUGGGACAAGCCCCAGGAUGAUCAUCAAGGAUCCAGAAUUGAUGAAAGAGGUGUUGUCUAACAAGGAAGGUCACUUUCAAAAACCACCAUUGAAUGCUCUUAUUCUCAUUUUAGCAAGAGGAUUGACAAGUUUAGAGGGUGAAAAGUGGGCCAAACAUAGAAGAAUACUCAAUCCUGCCUUUCACCUCGAGAAAUUGAAGGUAAUGAUUCCAGAAUUUUUAACAAGCUCUAGCAAUAUGAUAGAACAAUGGAAGAAGAUGGUUGGUGAUGAAGGAAGUAGUGAAUUAGACAUUUGGCCUGAAUUUCAGAAACUUACUGCAGAUGCUAUUUCUCGGGUGGCUUUUGGGAGCAACUAUGAACAAGGGAAAAGAAUCUUUCAGCUUCAAAAGGAGCUUUUACAACUAACCAUUGAAGCAAUGCAGACAGUGUACAUUCCUGGUUAUAGAUUUGUUCCAAUGAAGAAGAAUCGGAGAAGAAAGGAAUUGGACAGAGAGAUCACAACAAUGCUAAGAAAUAUAAUUCAGGGAAAAGAAAAUGCAAUGAAAACCGGAGAAUCCAGGGUCGAUGACUUGCUGGGCAUACUCCUGCAAUGUAAUAACCAAAACAUUCUGCAAGACAAUUCAAGUAGCACAACAAUUACUGGGAUGACAAUCGAAGAGGUGAUAGAGGAAUGCAAGGUUUUCUACAUUGCUGGCCAAGAAACUACCUCGAGCUUGCUCACAUGGGCAAUGAUAGUCUUAGCUAUGCACCUAGAUUGGCAAGAGAAAGCGAGGCAAGAAGUUUUACAGAUUUGUCAAAAGAUUGAACCUAACUUUGAAGCCAUAACUCACCUUAAGACUGUUACCAUGAUACUUUAUGAAGUCUUGAGGUUAUAUCCGCCAGUUAUUGCUGAGUAUCAACACACCAAUCAGAAAACCAAUUUAGGAGAAAUCUACCUUCCUGCUGGGGUAGAUAUAACACUGCCUACACUUCUCAUUCAUCAUGAUCCUGAGCUUUGGGGUGAUGAUGCAGAUGAAUUUAAACCAGAGAGAUUCUCUCAAGGCAUUGCCAAGGCAUCUAAGGGUCAGGGUCAAUCAGCAUUCUUUCCUUUUGGAUGGGGACCUCGCACUUGUAUCGGCCAAAAUUUCGCCAUGCUAGAAGCUAAGGUGGCUUUAGCUAUGAUUCUACAAAACUUCUCAUUCCAGCUCUCACCUUCCUACUCUCAUGCUCCCUAUACUGUCACGACUCUUCAACCACAACACGGAGCUCAAAUUAUUUUACACAAGCUCUAAAGCAUUAGGCUUAGCUGAAAUGUUGAAGAUUAUGAACUGAAUCACAUACGAAUAAAAGUAAAGCAUCUGUCCUGUGUUAUAUUUCUGGAGAA